AUGGAGUCUCCUGAUAAUAAGAAUGGAAAAUCUCGUCAAAAGCCUAUUCGCAAGGCCAGAUUCGUUUACGCUCCAUGGCAGUAUAUGCCAGCCAUGAUGCUCCCUGAACGUCCCAUACAGAUUCAAGAACAACCAGUCAUGCUGAAACCUCAAAAUAAACCUAAAAUCGUCGAAUCAGCAAAUUUGAAGCACAGUAUUUCAGAACCGAAUCUCAUGCUUAAUUUUGAAUUGCCAAAAAUAGAUAAAGUCGAUACAACUCAAAGAACAAAUCCACCUGGAAACUUUGAUAUUAUCUCUCGAGGUAAUCUACCCUCUAUUUCGUUUGUUCAUGAUAACGUUAUUGUAGAGCCAGCUCCUAACGUUGAUUUAGCAAGUAUGCAAAAUCCGUAG